AUGUCUGGAAAGGAGGGUACUUCAGAAGAGCUAAAGGAUACCACUAGUCAAUUUAGGAAAGAAUCUAGAUCAUCAUCAAUGGAGGAGCCUGGAUUUACUGAAGAAACAUCAAAUCCAUUAAAGGAAGCUUCUGAUGGGAAACCUUCCAACCAGAUGUAUGAAACUCAACCUAGCAAGGAUAAGCUAGGUAUACAUGAUGAUGUAUCAAUACUGUCCUCUGGCAGUAAUUAUAAGAGAAAUGAAGAACAAAGGAGAACUCUUCAAUUUUAUGAAAGAAUUACUGGAUAUAACAACUCACAAUCAGAAAUUGAAACUUCACAAAGUCCAUCAUUAUCAAUAACUCAGAUGAUUGCUGAAUAUCAGGCUAUCACUGGCCUUCUAUCUCAGGAAACCUUAGGAAAAAUUAGUCCACAACUCUCUAAAGAAAAUCAGAAAGGACUUGAAUUAGGGUCAAAUAACUUUACACUUAAUCUGAAGGCCAAGGGUUUACAAGAAUUCCCUAAGGAUAUUUUAAAAGUCCAGUAUGUAAAAUAUCUAUAUUUAGAUGAGAACCAAAUCAAAAGUUUUAAAGGGGCAGACCCAGGUGAUCUGCUAGGACUUGAAAUUCUGUCCUUGCAAGAAAAUGGGUUAUCAUCACUUCCACCUGAAAUUCAAUUACUUCAUAAUUUAAGGAUAUUAAAUGUCAGCAACAACCAAAUAUCACAUAUACCUAAAGAAAUAUUACAGCUUGGGAAUAUCAAGCAACUCUUUUUUAAUAACAAUUACAUUGAGAGUUUUCCUUCUGGCUUAGAAAGUCUUGAAAACUUGGAAAUUUUAAGUUUGGCUAAAAAUAAGUUAAGACAAAUACCAGAUACUCUGUCUAGUUUGAAAAACUUGAGAGCUCUCAAUCUGGAAUAUAAUCAGUUUACAGUAUUUCCAAAAGCUCUGUGCCUCCUUCCAAAGUUAGUUUCACUUAAUCUUACUGGAAACCUAAUAAGCAGUUUGCCAAAAGAAGUUAGGGAGCUUAAAAAUUUAGAAAAACUUUUACUAGAUCACAAUAAGCUUACCUUUUUGGCUGUGGACAUUUUUCAAUUGCUCAAAAUGAAAGAACUUCAACUGACUGACAAUAAAUUGGAAGUUAUUUCACACAAAAUUGAGAAUUUUAGGGAACUUAGGAUCUUACUACUUGAUAAAAAUUCAUUGAAUGAAAUACCAGAGAAAAUUUCCCACUGUGUGAUGUUGGAAUGUCUUAGUCUUAGUGAUAAUAAAUUAACAGAGCUUCCAAACAACAUCCAUGAACUUAAAAAUUUAAGAAAACUCCAUGUAAACAGAAAUAAUAUAAUGAGAAUACCUCAAAAUAUCUCACAUCUUAAAAAUGUGUUCAGUCUCGAAUUUUCAGGAAAUAUAAUCACAGAUGUUCCCAUUGAAGUAAAAAACUGCAGAAAAAUAAAUAAAGUUGGAUUGAGUUAUAAUAAAAUAAUGUACUUUCCAGUAGGUUUGUGUGCUUUAGAAUAUCUUCAUUAUUUGAGUUUAAAUGGAAAUUUUAUUUCAGAAAUACCUGUGGAUAUAUCUUUCAGUAAACAACUGUUUCAUUUAGAGUUUAAUGAAAACAAACUCCUCAUAUUUUCUGAGCACUUAUGUUCUCUUACUAAUCUUGAAUACCUGGAUCUUGGUAAAAACCAAAUAAGGAAAAUUCCACCAUCUAUUUCUAACAUAGCAUCACUCCAUAUUCUUAUUUUGUGCUGUAACAAAUUUGAAACUUUCCCUAAAGAAGUGUGUACUUUAGAAAAUUUACAAGUACUUGAUCUUUCAGAAAACCAAAUACAGGAAAUCCCUUCAGAUAUCUGUAACUUAAAAGGAAUCCAGAAAUUAAAUAUUUCAAGCAAUCAAUUUAUAUAUUUUCCUAUUGAACUGUGCCAACUUCAAUCACUGGAAGAGCUGAAUAUAAGUCAAAUAAAUGGGAAAAAGUUAACAAAACUUCCAGAAGAGCUGUCUAAUAUGACUCAACUUAAAGAACUUGAUAUCUCAAAUAACGCAAUCAGAGAACUUCCAAGAAAUAUAGGGGAAUUGAGAAGACUGAUUACUUUAAAUGCCUACAACAAUCAAAUAAGUUAUCUGCCACCAUCUUUUCUAUCUUUAAAGGAUCUCCAGCAAUUAAAUGUGAGUGGAAAUAAUCUGACAGCUCUGCCUAGUGGUAUCAGCAAACUUUUUUCAUUAAAGGAGAUAAAUUUUGAUGAUAACCCAUUGCUGAGACCCCCAAUGGAAAUCUGUAAAGGAAAACAAUUGUGUACUAUUGUACACUAUCUACAGAGGGCAGAUGAAAGAGAUGAGAAAAUCUUAGAGAAGAUCUUCAAGAUAGUUGCCAACAACAUCACUGAAACAAAUUUUGAAUUUCUGUGUCAAAAAUUAAACCUGUCAAUUUCAGAAACUGAUAUGGCUAUGAAGAGCACUGUUUCUUUAAGUGUGAGAAUCCAUCAAGCACUUAAUAGGUGGAAAACAGGAAGUAACAAUCUGUCACUAACCACUGAUGCUUUAAGAGACCAACUAACUCGGGCACUAAAUAUGAUAGGAGCAUAUGAAAUUAUGGACAAAAUAACAGCUUUAAAACUUUUUACAUGUGCAAUUACAUUUUGA